CAGUGUUAGUUAUUUUUAAUGGAAUCAUUUACUCGUUAUCUGAUGUAAAGGUCCUGGACGAACCAGUGAAGGAAUCCGAAUGAAUCUUUUUGGUGCACGAAUUCAAAAGAUUCGAAUCACUGGGAUGAAUCAAUAUCCCCGCCCUGUUCAUGCAGCGGCCGAUUCGGUACCAAAUAAGGACAUGAGCUCGACCGCUUGAAGUGACGUCAGUGAGAUGGAUGGUGGAAUGAGUCUUUCGCUCAGAGGCGGGAGCAGAGGUACAGGGGUACACACAGAGUCUGCUGAAACUGAGAAUUAACGCAGUGUGGUGAUGACGACCCGCUGACGCGGUUUCCAUCACAACGCCAGGAAAAGAGAGAGAGAGAGAGAGGAAUCAAGGCGACAGAGUACAAGACUCACCUUAUUUGGUUUCAAAGCCGAAGCUGAAGAAUAUUUCCAAAGAUAUCCAAGCGCCUCUGCAGACAUGGAGGCGGCGAGUUUGGCACACGGGGUCGCGAGCCCGUUAAGCCCGCGCGAGGGCAUGAUCAAGAACCUGAGCCUGGAGUCGCUCCAGCUGUGCGAGAGAGACGGUAAAGCUGAGGAUCCCGGAGUGGUAGGAAUGGAGUUACCCGUUGCUCGCAACAUCAAGAUCAGUAACAUCACCUGUGACUCCUUUAAGAUCUGCUGGGAUAUGGACCCUCACACCACAGAGAAGAUCACACAUUACUUCAUUGACCUUAACAAGAAGGAGAACAAGAACUCCAACAAAUUCAAACACAAGGAUGUGCCUACGAAGCUUGUUGCUAAGGCAGUCCCGUUGCCCAUGACAGUGCGAGGCCAUUGGUUCCUGAGUCCACGGACAGAAUACACAGUUGCUGUGCAAAUAGCAUCCAAACAGACCGAUGGAGACUACGCUGUAUCAGAAUGGAGUGACAUUGUUGAAUUUUGUACAGCUGAUUAUUCCUCGGUGCAUUUGACGCAGCUGUUGCAGAAGGCUGAAGUCAUUGCUGGCAGGAUGCUCAAGUUCUCCGUCUUUUACCGGAAUCAGCAUGAGGAAUACUUCCAACACUGCAGAGAUGUUCUUGGCGGUCGAAUGAUGCCCUCGGUAAAGGACAACAGCGGUAGUCAUGGUUCACCUCUCAGUGGUAAACUGGAGGGGAUCUUCUUCAGCUGCAACACUGAGUUUAACACCGGUGAGCCGCCACAGGAUUCCCCAUACGGCCGCUUCCGCUUCCAGAUACCCGCCGAGGUUCUGUUCACCCCUGAUACGCGCCUCUACUUCGGGGAUUUCUACUGCAUGUACACUGCCUAUCAUUAUGUUAUCCUCGUCCUGGCACCCCGGGGCUCACGCGGAGACCUGUACUGCAGAGAUCGCCUUCCGGAGCUGGAUGUGACGAACAACCGCUUCCUGACACGUGUCUGCGGGGAGGAUGGGCGGGUGGUGUUUCAGCAUGCGCAGGAUGUGAUUCUGGAGCUGAUUUAUACUGAGCCGGUGCCACUGGCACAGGGGACUGUCUCUCAGAUCAGUGGCCACCAGUUGAUGAGCUUGUCAACUGUGAAUGCUAAGAAAGACCCCAGCUGCAAGACCUGCAACAUCAGCGUUGGGCGCUAACUAGGCGAACAUUCACACACAGACCCAAUUGUGCAUAUAGCAAGAAGACCUCCUGAACAACCUUUGAAUUCUACGUUACAAAACAAGAUUCAGAUGAACUCCGAGACAAAUGGCCCCAGAAUCCUUCAGAUAUGCCCAUGUGGCUCUCAAACCCUUUUGGGGGGCCUCACAGACCCCCAGCUAAUGCUAGAAAAUUAUGUCUUUGCUCAAUGAACUGAGAAGUGUUUAAAAAAAAAAAGUGCAACAGAAAAAAUAGAAAAGAGUAAGACAAAAAAAAAAAAAAAUCAAGAUUUGAAUUUAGAAAAAAAUUGAGAACAAAGAGUAAAGCUAAGUUUCCAAAACCUUCAAUCCCACUGUGAAUUUUUCAUGUGUUUUUGGUGCUUUUUCUGAUCGAUAUUCAGACCCCAGCUCUGUUUAUCCCAAAACCAUUUGUGACUUUUUUUUUAACACACAGUGACUUUCAGACAAGGAUGUCUUGCUCAGUUUCCGCUGAGGCUUUCAAGCUGCCCUUGUCUCUUAUGUUGGACUUGUACUGCAUGAAGUCUGAUCCUUUAAGCAUCUACAUGCCACCUCAGCCUUUAAACCUUCUAUAUAGGGAUUUUCUUCAUUUACACAGAUCCUGUGGUCUACAUGCCCACUGAGCUUCUAUUCACCCUUGCCAUUCGCCUCUGAGGACUUCUACUGCAUGUAUACUGCCUAUCAUUACAUUAUCCAGAUGGAUGUGACAAAAAACAAAUGCUUUAAGAGUUUUACGCCAACUGAUCCUUUAAGCACCUACAUGCCACCUCAGCCUUUAAACCUUCUCCUUUAUCCUCAGUCUUUUCAUUUUCUACUCUGAUCGCAGUUCUCCUUUAACCUUUCUUACUCAUUAAAUAUUAUUUUGAUGUUCUUGUUUCAUUGUUCUUGUUUUGUUUUUAGAGACUGUGUGCAGUAUUGAUGGUGUAUGAUGUUUCCUGAUAGAACAUCAAGCAGUAAGUAGAAUUGAUUUGUAUAAAACAUAUCCAAAACAUAUCCACUGCAGGACACGGCUAUGUCCAGGUUCUUGAGGAGCUUGCACUGUUCUGUCAGAGGCGUGACGGUUUUGUUCUUGCACUCUCUGGUGGUGAAAAAGUUCAAUUUCACAGAUGCAUGCCUAAGAUUUUGUGCUGUACUGUAUCUGAACUUGUUACUUACUCCUUAAGAUCCAAAUAUAGAAGCCAAUCACAGCAGACAUGGAUGCACAAUGUUUAUUUUUCAUUUUUUGAGAACUUUUAGCUGCCAGUAUCCUAAAAUCUGUGGUCAACAUGUAGCUUUUGCUCAAAAUAAAGAAUUUGAAUUUUAUUUUAUUUUUUUGUUCACUAUGAUAAAUUCUACACUGUAUGUACUCAUACUGUUCAAACGUUUGGGGGCAUACCAAUGCUUCGUUUAUUAGAUUGACAAUACUGCAAUAUUGUAAUACAGUAAUAUUAUGAAACAUUAUUACAAUUUAAAAUCACAGGUUUUUUUAUCUGAAUAUAUUUUAAAAUGUAAUUUAUUCCUGUGAUGGCAAAGUUGAAUUUUCAGCAUCCAUUACUCCAGUUUUCAGUGUCACAUGAUCCUUCAGAAAUCAUUCUAAUAUGCUGAUUUGGUGCUCAAGAAGCAUUUAUUAUUAUCAUCAAUGUGAUGCAUUUUUUAAGGAUUUUCAGAAUUUUUCAGCAUUUAUUUGAAAUAGAAAUCUAUUUAAAAUCAUCAAUUUCAUUAUUUUUAUUUUAAAGUAUUAAUUUCUUAAAAAAAAAAAAAAAAUCUAACUAACCCAAACUUUUGAACAGUAGUGGAAAAAAUAUAAAGCCCAGUGAGUGUGUUUUGUGUUUUCUGGGAGUCCUGAUUAUAUAUGAGGGUGUGUGUGUUUCUCUGCAUGUUUUGUCUGUGUAAGUAAGUAUGUGCACUGUUUAGAUUCGAGUGUGGUGUGUGUCAGCUGGAAAUAUGACUGUUUGACUGAUAAAGCGGCACCUGUUUGCUCAGUUUAAAAAUUUGAACUACACUUGUCUUUUGCCAGAGGAAGUCUGUCAUAUCUCUGUGCACUUCAUUAGUGAAGAAGGGAUGAAAAAUGAACAAAAAGCCCUGUUUAUUGACUCCACUUGUUCAUGACUUUUAUUGCCUUACUUAAAUCUUACUCUGUAGAAAAUGUUUGUUCAAAUUUGGACUCGUGCACAGGACAGUAUCCUAAAUCAACUUCUCACUGUGUGAAUGUGCCUCAGACUGACAGACAUGAUCAGUAAACAUUGUUUUUCUUGUUGCCAUGUUUAUGAAUACCAAAUGUGACUGUUCAUUAAAGAUCGUUCAGAAUGAGACUACUGUGUAUGUUUAGUGAGCCAGUCUUUGGGAAGUCAUUCUACAAAAAUGAUCUGUUUUCUCAUGCAUUUAAAUUUGAUAGGCUUUAAGUAU